CGAAGAAGAAACGCCGUUUCUGACAGAAAAUGGCUGCCCGGGAUUGUGAAUCCACUUUCUCUCGGCUUGCGGCACAUUUUUAGGGUGUCCUGCGUUCCAGCAUGCACUUCAGCAACUAGCAGAGAAACACAAUGUUCAAAAAGGCGAAACGAGCUAACUUUCGACGGAGGAAUGAAUCCGACGAGGACGAACCGGAGGAGGGUCGGCAGCAGCCGCAGCAGCUCGCGCCGACCCUGUUCGGGCCUGUCGGGGAGGAAAUCCCGUUCAUGGAGUCCAGUACCAGCGGGACCGGAGCACCGGGCAGCACGGAUAAUGCCCACAGCAACGGCUUCCUAGCUAGUGCGCACACAUUUAGACCUAUUAAGAAAGAAAAGAAAGUCAAAGAAAUACCCACCUUCACGGUGCCUGCACCACCAACCAAAGCUAGCUUGCUGAGCUUCGUCGAUGAUGAAGAAGGAUCCGAGGUGUUCAGAGUGAAGAAAUCAAACCACAGCAAGAAGAUCGUCAAGCAGCUGAAGAAGGAAUACAAAGAGGAUUUGGAGAAGGGUGGAAGUGUCAAACAAGAAAUCAAAUCCGAUACUGCUCCACAGCUUGCAGUCGCCAUCAAAGAGGAAGUAACCAGCGGAGCGGGUAGUGAACAUGGGGAGGAAGAAAUGGAGGUGGACAGUGCUGAAGAGCACGAGGAAGAGGCGAGGAGUCAAGGUGGCCAGGUUCACGGCCAAGUAUCUAAAUCUACCAGUGCUGGAUCAUCCUUCAAUACGCUCUCCUCCCUCGGCAGCCUGAAACCAGGUGAAAUACCCGACGCAGCAUUCAUCCACGCUGCUAGAAAGCGCCGCCAGCUGGCUAGGGAGCUGGGAGGUGAAGCUCCUCUGGUCGAGACAGAGACGCCCAAGAAACGCAUGGUAGGAGAAGACCAGGAUGCCAGUGACGAUGAAGACGAGGAAGAGAAGAGGAUACGCUUCAGUGGAGUGAAGAACAAAAGCCAGAGACAAAAGAUCGCUGAGGAGAUAGGCAUUGAGGGGAGCGAUGAUGAGGCUCUGGAUACAGGGCAGGAUGAAGAGGUGAGCCGCUGGGAGCAGGAGCAGAUAAGGAAAGGAAUCAGCAUACCACAGGUCAUAAGCAGCCAGCCAGAGGAAACCCCAGUCUACUACCAGAACAGCUACGAGACCCAGCCGUACGGCGCCUCCUACAGCAUGCCGUUCACCUACAGCACCGUUGUGCCGCAGACGUGCAAGCCAACAGGCCGAACAGACAACGGCUCUGUUCACUACGGGGCCCCAGUUAGUGAUCUAACCCCGGUAUCCAUUGAUCUGGUAAAGAAACGCCUGCAGGAUAGGCUCAGCCAGAUGCACGCAGGCCACAACGCUAACGCCAAGCGCUUCAAACAGAUCGAAGAAGACCUCACUGCCUCCGAGAGCAGCAUACAGCAGCUGGAGGGCUCGUCCAAUGACAAUGCAGAGCAAUAUAAAUUCUUGCAAGAGAUGCGAGGGUAUGUUGGAGACUUGCUUGAGUGUUUCAGUGAAAAGGUGCCUGCUGUCCUGGAGCUGGAGGCUGCCAUGCACCAGUUACUAAGGCACCGGGCCUCACGACUUGUCCAGAGAAGACAGGAUGAUAUUAAAGAUGAAUCGUCGGAGUUUGCAAGCCUUUCAAAUAAAGCUGUCAUGGCUCCUAAUCUAGACUCAUUUGGCCGAGAUCGCACGGCCUACCAGGAGCACAGUCGUCAGAGGAGGAUAGCGGAGAGAGAAGCGAGACGAACUCGGCGGCGACAAGCUAGAGAGCAGAAUGGAAAGCGGGCAGAGCACAAAGAAGGCUUAUCAUCUGAUGAUGAGGAAACCUCUACAGACAUCACAAGCUUCAACAUGGAGAGAGAUCGCAUCAUGAGGGAGUGUAAGAAAGCAUUCGAGGACGUGGUGGAGGACUUUCACUCUCUGGACUACAUCAAGUCUCAUUUUGAAGUGUGGAGGAGAGAUUACGCCGACUGCUACAGAGACGCCUACAUCGGCCUCUGCCUCCCCAAACUUUUUAACCCUUUGGUCCGUCUGCAGCUGAUCACGUGGAACCCUCUGGAGGCUAACUGCUCAAAUUUCGAGUACAUGCUCUGGUUCGAGUCUUUGCUGUUUUACGGCUUCGAGGAGCACAGCACUUUGCAGAUGGGAGACGGGGAUAUCAGUCUGUUACCGGCUAUUGUUGAGAAGGUCAUCCUCUCCAAACUGACAGUGUUGGCAGAGCAAGUGUGGGAUCCCCUGUCGAGCAGUCAGACCGCCAAUCUGGUGGGCUUCAUUCACAGAUUGAUGAAAGGUUAUCCGACUGUGCUGCAUGGGGAAAACCGAUACACACAGGAGUUUUUAAGGACUGUGGUCUUCAGGGCGAGGCGGACUCUGGAUGAAGAUGUCUUCCUUCCUCUAUUUCCCAAAAAUGUGUUGGAGAACAAGAAUAGCGGACCCUACUUAUUCUACCAGAGGCAGUUCUGGACCUGCGUGAAGCUGCUUGGUAACAUCCUGCAGUGGGAUGGUAUCCUGUCCAGUUCCUGUCUGAGGGAUCUAGCGGUGGACAGCACUCUGAACAGAUACAUCCUCUCUGCUCUGCAGACCACUGAUACAUGUGAGGACAAUGUCCUCAAGUGCCAGAAGGUGGUGGAGUGUUUUCCAGCACACUGGUUCUCUGGGCUGAAGGGCCAGCAGACGUUUCCUCAGUUGGAGCCUCUCUGUCGCUACAUCACCCACCUGGCCAACUCUUUGCACCGCGGCACUGUGGGCACGUCUGAUGUGGAGAAGCGCACUGUCAAGGACCAAAUCAAAGAGCUGGUGAAGAUGCUAGGCCACAUGAACGCCCUGGACCACAUCGUCGCUGUGGCAGCAGAGCACGGCGUCAAAGACAUCAAGCAGCUUUUUGAAGCAAAGUCGUAAAGAUGAUUGUAGCAUAGGAGAUUUUUUUUUUUUUAAUCAUCUUUUAUUGCAAACAGCACACGUGAAGCCAUAGGAUCACUAAGUCAGAUUCCUUGAAAGAGUGUGGGUGAAUAAAAGUGCAGUCUUUUCAUCCACUGAGAAGUCAAACCCUAGGUGUAAAUACUGUGAAUAAUGUAUAGAAAAGUGUGACCCCCCCCAUCCAUCAACACAGGACUGAUGCUGGCUGACAUGAGGCCUUGUUUUGUCAGCUCCAAAAAUGCCACCCAGUUUUACUGCAUGCUAGCAGAGUUUUAACACGUAAUUUAUUAAGAGGAGACGACUGUUGACAUGAACUACUGGCACCUGUUUGGAAAAUGUCUGAUCUGCAGUUUGAUACAAGCUGGCUGUCUGUAAAAAUUGUAUCACCACAUUUUAUUUCCCUCACGUACGACUCGUCUGUAUGUGCAGUAAGAACUGCAGAGUCAUCAAAAGGUCAGCAUUGUACACCCACAAAAAACCAACUUGUCUCUUUGGGACAGCUGGCUGUGGCGGUUCUUCAAAUCCCAACUCCAAAGUGUAGAGAUCCUCUGCCACCCACGGACUCACCUGAUGACCGAGACAGAUCUGAGAGCUUUGUAUUCAGAUUUGUACUACUUUUGUUAAGGUAUUUUAUUUGCUUGUGAAUAAAAAUAAUUUGAAUGAUA